UUACUAUGGUAACACUAAGACGCUGAGAGCGGCCGAGGUCAGGGGAUGGGCCUCGGGGUAUUUGGGGCAUGAAUGGUCAGGAGGGCUAAAUUGUACGAACUGAGGAAAGGGAAGCAGCGCGAGUGGGAGAGGCUUGGAAGAGCUGACAGGAGUAACAUGAGGGGAUUGACAGGAGAAUGAGCUUUCUUCUAUAUUUUUGAUGCACAGAAUUUUGGUUGUUGGGGGCUGCCCGAUGGCCUCAAAUGGUGAAGAUGGUAUUGCUUGGUACCAAAAAAAGAUUGGAGCUUAUGACCAACAGAUAUGGGAAAAGUCUACAGAACAGGCUGAGAUGAAGGGCUUCAAAAACAGACCCAAAAGGAAAGGUCACAUACAGCUUGACCUAAUAGAUGUUGACUUGAUCCGAGGGUCUACAUUUGCCAAAACUAAACCUGAAAUUCCUUGGACAUCUCUUACAAGGAAAGGGAUUGUGCGGGUUGUGUUCUUCCCAUUUUUUAGCCACUGGUGGAUACAGGUCACAUCCCUGUAUAUUUUUAUAUGGCUUCUAGUUCUCUACUUGUUACAAGUUGUAGCAGUUGUGUUGUACUGCAUGAUGCCUAUUGUGAAUGCAAGUGAAAUUAUUGGCCCUUUGUGCCUAAUGCUACUGAUGGGAACUGUACACUGUCAAAUAGUAUCUACUCAGCUGUCUAAACCCUCAGGAACAAAUGGAAGCAGUGCAAGCAAGAAGAGGAGAAAAAUGCGCAAAUUUGCAGGAGGUGAUGGAAGCAGAGAUAUCAGUGCCAGUACUUCUAUUGACAAUAUCAGCAGAGAAGAAGAGCUUUCAGAGUUGGGAUCCAGGGUUAACAGCCUCUUUGACACAGUCUUGCGCAGGAGGAGCAGGGAGGGGAUAAAAAGAGGACAAUUGGUAGCAGAUAAAUGGACUGAAACAGAACACAGCAGUGGUAUCAGGUGCAGGAUUUCCAAAUCUGAGCUAAGUCUGCAGCGGUCCAAAAAUCUUGGGAUAGCUUUAAGUGCAGAAAAAAAACAGAAUAUUGGCAGAGUCUCUGGUGUUUCUGAUGAACUUUCAAGUGAAGAGGAUGCUGAUGCUAUUGGUCAGAGAAUUUUGUUGCGUAGAAGUGUCGAAGGUGCUUCUAAUGUCAGCAUGAGUGAGAAUCCAAGAAGGAUAUCUUCCAUUGCGUGUGCAAAUCCAUCAGCCUCUCAGCAGGUCAAGGAAACAAUUAAAUCUAUUGAAGACUCUGAUAGUGUAACGGACUCGGAAUUAGACACAACAGCACUUCAUCAGAACAAAUCUCAUUUUAGUAGUGGAGGAUCUCGGAGUGGCAGUAUAUCCUGUAGGGACUCAGAAAGCACCCGCCAUGGCUCUGAAACAGAGGAUGUGCUGUGGGAUGACUUGCUCCAUGGGCCUGAGUGCCGCUCCUCCUUCACCAGUGACAGUGAAGAAGCCAAGGGAAAAGAAGCAAGAGGAGGCAAGCGUGAUUCGAAAGACGAUGUUUUCCAGCAGAACCACCUGUUCUGGCUGCAGAACACGAGUCCCGCUUCAUCCAAAGUGAGUGCUCUCAUCUGGGAGGGGAGUGAAUGCAAGAAACUGGACCUGUCUGUACUGGAGAUUAGCGGGAUCAUCAUGAGCAGGGUCAAUGCCUAUCAGAAAGGAUCAGGUUAUCAGUGGCUGGGAAAUAUUGUUACUAUUGGUUUGGCAUUCCUUCCAUUCCUCUAUCGAUUAUUCCACUCAAAGACCCUGGAACAGUUAUGGUCGCUUUCUUUAAAAGAACUUCUAUUUAUUUUUUGUGGGGGCCUCCCAAUCCCCCCUGUUGUCUUCCUUGCAAUGAUUAUCUUCUUUGAGCGGCUGUGCCUCACCUGGAUGUUUUUCUUCAUGAUGUGUGUUGCUGAAAGAACGUAUAAACAGCGAUUUUUGUUUGCCAAACUUUUUAGCCACAUUACCUCUGCUCGGAAAGCCAGGAAGUAUGAAAUCCCUCAUUUCAGACUGAAGAAGCUGGAAAACGUUAAAAUGUGGUUGUCGCUUCGCUCCUACUUAAAGAGGCGAGGCCCGCAACGUUCUGUUGAUGUCAUUGUAUCCUCCAUCUUCUUACUGGCUCUUUCGAUUGCUUUCAUAUGCUGUGCACAGGUUUUAAAGGGUCACAAGACAUUCUUGAAUGCAGCUUACAACUGGGAAUUCCUGAUCUGGGAAACAGCCCUGCUUCUCUUUUUGCUGCGCUUUGCAUUUCUUGGGUCUGAAACCAACAAGAAAUACAGUAAUGUUUCAAUCCUGCUCACCGAGCAGGUAAAUUUAUAUUUGAAGAUGGAGAAGAAGCCAGAUAAGAAAGAACAGCUCAUUCUUGUGAACAACGUCCUCAAGCUCUCUACCAAGCUCCUGAAGGAGUUAGACACUCCAUUUAGACUGUAUGGGUUGACAAUGAAUCCGUUAAUCUACAACAUUACACGGGUGGUGAUCUUGUCUGCAGUCUCUGGUGUUAUAAGUGAUUUGCUAGGAUUCAAUAUCAGAUUGUGGAAAAUCAAGCCAUGACUUGAAGAACAGAGGUUAAAUUCUCCCCUGAGCAGAGCCUGGGAAUGAUCAAUGGAGGCGAGACGGGCUUGGUAUGGAAGCUGGUGCUUUACACCAACAUGCACGCAUCCUCCUCACUCUUCUAAAUGACUGCAGAGCUUGAAGAUAUGGUUCAAUAAACCUUGGUAAAUUAUCCUAAUAAGUAAAAGUUAUCUUAAUGAGACAAAUCUGCAGCUCCCAUGGAGUGCAGCAGAAACCACCCAUUGCCUCUUACUGGAGAAAUGUGAAAUUAAGAACCAGUUGCAACAGUUGAGUUAUGUUGCAGCAAAAAAUAGUUCAAACUAGUCCCAUUGGAGAGAACUAGAAUAUGAAGAAACAAGGUGUCUACAAGGAUCUAUUUGGGGGGGAGGGGAGGGGGUCACUUUAUUUUCCCUGUAUCCCCUUCUGCCCACCAUUUCUUUAUCUUAUAGUAACCUUUAUAUUUUCUGUCCUUUCCCUUCUGUCUCUCUUUCCUACCCAUCAACCUUUGCUGUCCCCUAGUUUUCAACUUUGUUAUUCAUUUAUAUGCUUUCUCCACAGGGGGAACUCAAAGCAACUUCUAUUGUUUUCAUCUCCAUUUAUCCUGAAAACAACCCUCUGACUGACUGCAGAGUGCGAAUUCAAACUUGGGUCCCCCCAAUUCCUAAUACUUUUACCAUUCUGGUACAUUGGCUGCUACUGAAUAGUAGUGAGUUACCACUGGGCAUGGGUGAAUCCUGGGGUAGUGAAUCACUUGGUGGCAGCUGAUGUGCUUGGUCCUGAUGUGUGCUCUGGGGCAGAUAGGAGGAAAGUGGGGGAAACUUGCAGACCCAAAUAGCCAUGGAAAAGGCCUUGCCCCUUCCUCUGCCUUCUACUGAUUGAAAACAAGGCUUGAAGGCUGGUGAUAUUAUUGAGAUUAUGUAGCACCUUCACACCAUGACCACUGAGGUUCCAGAAGGAUGUUUCUUAAAGCUUUAGGUGCUGCUUGUAUCAUUUUGGUAGGAUGUCCCUGUAUUAUUUUUCAGAAAGCCUGUGGGUUUUCUCAGGUACCUGGAAAGCUCUGGCUUAGCUGUUUAAGGUCCAGUCUGUGGGGCCAUGUGAAGAAUUAAAAAUGUUGACAAGUAGGGACCUGCAAGACUUGGGGAAUCCCAUUCCCCUUCUUUGUGUCUCUAGGCUGCCCACUUGCAGCACGGCUGCCUUCACAGACUUCCACUUCUCCCCAGCAAACCUGUGUGUGUAUGUGGGGAAUUUCACUUGCCCUAUCCCCUGCUAUCUGCCUGUACUUCUCCCUGAAGUUCUGCUCCCCGAGUUGCCUGCUUCUUCACAUCUGUUGUCCUUCCCACCACCACCACUCCCCGAGUUGUCUGCUUCUUCACAUCUGUUGUCCUUCCCAACACUUUUUUGGGGGCAGUGGCAGUGGCUCAUGCCAUCUUCCCUAACCUGCAUUGCUGCAGCCUGUAUGGCUCCUCUUCAUCCGCCUACAUGCUGCUCAGCAAGUUGAAUGCCACCAAACUAAUGGAAGGACAUUGCGGAAGCUUAGACAACACUCCUCUAUUUUGCUUCUGUGUUGACACCCCUUUAAACUUUCCCUGGAGGUUUUUUUCCUUCUUUUUCAAUCCUGGGGGGUGGGGUGUUCUGCCCUAAGUCUGGGAGGGGGACCUGUUUUCUCUGCAUUUAACUACGCAUGGAUGAAAAUCAGACAUAAUUUUAUGUAAAGUAGCUGAGGGAUGUGGUGCUUAGGCCAGAUGCCUGUUACUAGCAGAAACACAUACUUUAUUCAAAUAACUGCUGACUUACACUUUUGAGAAGUCCGAAGUACAACUACUGCAAAGCCUAGAGUAUCAUUCAAGAAAAGCUUUUUAUCAAAGUGUGGGCCGUGCUUAUUUUAGCUGACUUGUAAGAAAAAAUGAAUGACAUUCUAUCCCCAUAUGAUGAGUAUAAUCUCUCCAGGCAUCUGGCAGUUCAGGCUGCAGUUGCUUAGUAACAUACAAGCAGCACCAGAAGGUGACUUACAGUAGGUCUGCCACACACUCCAGGAGAGAUGAUACGUUUAAAAAAAUAUAUAAUUAGCAUUCUCCAAAUAACUCAUUAUGCAAGCUCAGAUUGAGCUGCACAAGCCACACCAUCUCUCCAGGAGAGAACAGCAAUGUUUAUAUCUUACCAUGGAGUAAAAAUAGAUGUUUUACAUGACUUAAGAGGCAAUUACAAAUUUCUGGUGGGAGAGAUUAUGCCACUCAUUGGUGGCAUUUAACCCCAUGUCAAGUGGGCUGGCCCUGAAUUUUUUCCUGCUCUAGGGGACUGAUGAUAAAGCAUUGGUACUCCUGGAACUGUUGCCAAGUAGGGCCAAAGAAGGUAUGCUGAUUCAUACAUGCCUUUUCCCUACAAAUGUACUACUAUGUACAUGUUUGUGAAAAUUGUAUUCAUGAUUAAAACAUCUCCCAAGUGCACAUGCACGCAGAUCAGAACAUCCCUGUAUGUUUUUUUCAUACAACAGGAAAAAAGUGUGAAAUGGUCAAAUGGUAUUGCAUGGCAAUCAUUUGUUUUAAAUAAAGGUAAUUUCACUAGGCUUUUAUAAGUUUUCUGGGCUGUGUGGCCCUGG